ACCACCCUCAAUUUCCAAUAUUUCUUCUUAUUCUUCCAUCUUUCUGAUCAAUUAUUUAAUUAAUAUAUUAUUAUUAAUUAUUCUCUACUUUGCUCAGAAAUUAUGGGGUUUGGAAGGUUAAUUAUUGUUGGUUUAGUGAGUGUUAUGGGUUUAGCUAUGGUCUGUUCAUGUGAAGCUCGCAAAUUUUAUGUUGGUGGCAAAGAUGGUUGGGGUUUGAACCCCUCUGAAAGCUUCAAUCAUUGGGCUGAACGUAAUAGGUUUCAAGUCAAUGAUACUCUUUAUUUCAAGUACAAAAACGAGACAGAAUCAGUGUUGGUUGUAAGCAAAGAAGAUUAUUUUUCAUGCAACACCAAAAACCCAGUAAUUUCCUUGAAUGAAAAUAAUGGUGAAUCAGUCUUCAAAUUUGGUCACUCUGGUCCUUUUUAUUUCAUCACUGGAAAUGCUGAUUCAUGUCAAAAGGGUCAAAAGCUCAUUGUUGUGGUUCUCGCUUUGACACAUAAUAAACAUCACCACAAUCAGACUCAGCCCCCACAUUCUUCCUUUCCUCCGGUGGCUCCUCCCUCGCAAUCCCAAAGCCCCACCGCCGAGUCACCGGAAAAAUCUGGAACCGCGCCUGCUCCAGCCAAGAGUUCUGCCUCUGGCCGAGGUGGAGUUGUAUUCAGUUUGUUGGGCGUAGGGAUGAUCAAUGUUGUUGUUCUUUUAGUGUGACUUCUUUUAAAAAAAAAAUUAGCUUUUGAAUUAGAGUUUUAAUUUGGGGUUUUUUUGGGUCUACAUUUUGUAUCCAUUCAACAAUUUGUUUGAAAUUUGUCGAUGCUUUUUUGUUUUCAAUUUUCCAGCUUUGAUUGGUUGAUGGUGAAUUAUCAUAAUAUCACAACUCUAUCUCUCUCUCACUUGGUUGUAUUUUGGUAUGUAGUUUAGUGUGACAAUUGUAUUCCUAUCCUUCAAAUAUUAUGUGCGUUUCAAUAUAUGGUUUGCUAUUGUCAAA